UCCAGUAAAAAAAAAAAAAAAAAAGGGUAGUAAAAGUAAAUCCAAAGCGCUGGUCCACACUCCAGUACAGUAGGUGGCGGAAACGCGCCUUUAAAUGUUGUAGUUGCCACUACAAAAGAUAGACGAUCCUGGAAGUGCGUCAUUGGUUGUUUACAGCAGAAGAACAGGGAUGCUCUAUGAAAGUUUCGUGCGUUUCUUUCGACAUUUUGCUUUAGAUCCUGGUUCAUUUUUAAAAGAUGGUGCACAAGUGUGCAUUUCCAGGAUGCAAGAACUUAAAGCAAAAACUGCGAGCACGUAAGAGUGCAUUAGCGAGCCUGACAAGUGACAGGGUGACUUCUCACAGAUUUGAGCGACUGAAGCUUUGGCUGCUGGCUGUUCAACGGGAUAUUACUUUAUCUAUUCGGUACUUCAAGCACAUGAGGUUGUGCAGUGAACACUUUUCACAAGACUAUUUCAAAGCAGAUGAGGGAAAGGCACGACGAUAUCUUACAAAUACAGCUGUGCCUGUCAUUUAUUUACCAAAAACAGAGGAGACUCUGAGUGAUACAUCAUUGAUCAGCCAGGACUUCCAUUCAGAAGAUUCGGAGGAAAUGGAUCACUGCUAUGCAUUAACCACAGAGACGCUACAAACUCGGCCUAAGAAGCGAAAGAAGUCCGACGUUAUGAAGAGAGAAAGAGACAGACUGAGACAGAAAAACCGAGUAAACAUCGGCGUGGCCUAUUCCAGAUGGAAAGCGCUGAAAGCGGAGAAAGGCAUGAAGAACGACGCGGAGGUUGCUUGUUAUCUGCUGGACAGGGUGUGUGGUGGGCAUCUGUUGCUAGACAAAUCCAGUGCAUCUCUGAGAAAGAGGGGAAGACCCCGGAAAUCAACAUUUGCAUCUGCACCACAAACUGAGGAGAGUCGGAGGAAUUCACCUCAGCCCAGUUGGGACUCCCAGUCAGACACAGAAUCAGUGCCUAGUCCAGAUCGCCAGUCCACAAACGUGGAGGUCCUUGGGAUCUGCUAUGACCUUCCUCCCUUACAGCCAUAUCAACCAGAUAAAGCAGCACAGCCUGAACGACUAAUAGAGGAUGGAUUUGAUCCAGAUGUCAGGAUGGGUUACACGGAGGAACAAAACAGUAUGAUGGAGCAGAGUUCAUCUUCAAGUACAACUACAGAGGAAGACAGCGCAGUGCACUGGGAAGAAAGAAAGGAUGAACUCGCACAGACUGCCCUGCGAUUGGAGGAACGUUUAAACGCCAUGAGAUCUUUGUCUGAUCCCAUUUCAAUGACAAGAGGAAUAGUAGAUCAGAAGGAAAGAAAAUGGAUGGUCAACAAAUCCAGUUUGACAGGACUGUUCAGAACCUGCCAUCAGUGUGGAGAGCCAGUUCUGGAAUUUAAAACAUUAACAUCCGGGAGUCUGAUUCGGAUUCAGUGGGAAUGCUCAAAGGGACAUCUCAUGUGGCUCUUUCCCAACCACAACCCAACAUAACAUACACUAAAACCAGACGGGGAUGAAUGUACAGUACUGCAGUGUAUCUAGAUUUAUUAAAAUGUGAAUAUAAAAUAAAACUUCUACUUUGGAAUUACAAAA